GGGGUGGGCGUGCUGGCCCGGGCGGGGGGCGCGGGGUUUAUGGCUGCCCGCCGCCUCCUCCUCAGCACCAUGAAGCAGAUCUGCCUCUGUGCCGCCGCCUCCUUCGCGAGCCAGGACUGGACCAAGAACGACGAGAAGCUCCUGCAGGCCGUGGACUACAACGAUGCCGGGCGGGUGACGUCGCUCCUGGUCCGCAAGGGCCUGGUGCCCACCAAGCUGGACUCGGAGGGCAAAUCCGCGUUCCACCUGGCUGCCACCCGGGGCAACGUGGACUGCCUGGAAGCCAUGCUGGCCCACGGCGUGGAUGCCAUGACCAAGGACAGCUCGGGUUCCACUGCCCUGCACUUGGCCUCCAAGCACGGGCACCCUCAGUGUGUCAGCAAACUGCUGCAGGCCUCCUGCCCCGUGGACGUGGCCGAUGGCAGCGGCCGGACCGCGCUGCACCUGGCAGCCGUCAGCGGCUGCAUCUCCUGCUCCGAGAUCCUCUGUGACUUCAAGGCUCCCUUGAACAUCAAGGACAAGGACGGCUCCACCCCGCUGAUCCUGGCUGCCAAGAUGUGCCACUCGGAGCUGUGCCGGUACCUGCUGCACCGCGGGGCGGCCGUCAACAGCCGGGACCUGCAGGGCAGGACAGCCCUGAUGCUGGCCUGUGAGAGCGGCAGCGUGGAGACGGUGGAGGUGCUGGUCAACGCCGGCGCCCGCGUGGCCGUGGUCGAUGCCACGGGCCACGACGCCGCUCACUACAGCCUGGCCACGGGCAAUGCCCUCAUCCAGCACUUCCUGCAGGAGGCUGCUCAGCGCCGCUCCUGGGCCAGUGAAGAGGAGUCAACUGAGCAGACAUCCCAGACCUCUUCACCCAGCCAGUCGUCCGUCAGGGAGAAGAGCAGCACCCCGAGAAAGAGGAAGGCCCCUCUUCCUCCUCUGGGCACCGUCAGCCAGGAGGACCGGGAUGCCUACGAGGAGAUCGUGCGGCUGCGGCAGGAACGGGCCCAGUUCCUGCAGAAGAUCCGGGGCUUGGAGCAGCAGGAGAAGCAGCGACGGGAGAGGGCAGAGCUGGACGAGGGCUCCCUGCGCUCCAUGGAGAAGCAGAUCCAGGAGCUGGAGGAGAAGCUGGCGGCCCGGGAUGGGGAGAAGGAGAGGCUGGGCAAGGAGGUGGAGGCUCUGCGGAGUCGCCUGUCCUCGCUGGAGAACGAGAAGGAGAACACGAGCUACGACAUCGAGAUGCUGCAGGAUGAGGAGGGAGACCCGCUCGAGUUCCCAGGAGCGGAGCUGCUGCUCUCCAAGAAGACGCUGAGCCCCUCGGCCGAGGAGCUGCUGGCCACGCUGCAGGGGCAGGUGCAGUCCCUCACCGUGCAGAACAAGGAGCUGAGGGACAAAAUACAGGUGCUGGAGAACUACGAGCGGGACGAGAGCAGCGUGCCCGCCCCGGGGGACGUGGUGCCCGCCAGCCUCUACCAGGCCCUGCAGCGGGAGCUGGAGCAGCUGCGGGCACAGGGCGCGAGGGACGAGGCCGGGGGGCGGCCGGAGCGAGCCCUGGAGCAAAUCCCGGAGGGAUUCCCGAAGGGAAGCGCGGCACAGGGGCUCGCCGAGGAGCAGGCCUGGACGUGGGGCGAAUGCAAGGCGGCGCUGGGCGAGCUGCGGGCGCCUCAGCCACCACCCUCCUCCUCCUCCUCCUUGUCGGGCGCGGAGCUGGCGGAGGCACGGGCGGCCCUGCAGCAGGCACGGAAAGCUCUGGGCGAGCGGGAGCAGCAGGUGAAGGAGCUGCAGGCCCGGCUGGAGGCGGCCGCAGCCUCCCCGGGAGCCUCCGCGGAGGAGGCGUCGAGGGAGAAGGAAGCGCUGCUGGAGCGCUGCGGGCGGGCCGAGGCCGAGGCCGAGGCGCUGCGGCGGGAGCUGGAGGCCAAGGCGCCGGGAGCGCCGCGGCAGGAGGAGGAGACGGCACAGCUGGCAGAGCUGCGGGACGCCCUGGCGCGCCGGGAGGCCGAGCUGGGCAGGCUGCGGGAGCAGCUGGCG